GGAAAGAAGAAAUAUAUCUCGAUCGAGUAGAAUUAAUGAGGUUCUUACUGAAGUUCUUGCUGCUUGUUCAUCCUUUUCUACUGCUGCAUGUGUACGUACAUGCAGAGCCUGAUAAUCUAGGGUUCGUGAGCAUCGACUGCGGGCUAAGUGGGCCUUCCUACGUGGACGAUCGCACGAACAUUUCCUACAUCUCCGACGACGCGUACAUAGCAACCGGAGAGAAGCACGAGAUUUCAUCGGAAUACAAAAGCCGAGCGCUAUACACGUCAGGCCUUAGCCUGAGGAGCUUCCCUUCCGGCGGCCGCAACUGCUACGCCGUCGCCGCCGCCGCAAAAGGCCGCAAGUACCUCGUCAGGGCGUGGUUCAUGCACGGCGACUACGACGGCGGCGGGAAGAGCCUCGCGGUGAGGCCGGUGAGGUUCAACCUGAACAUCGGCCUCGACUUCUGGUACGAGGUGACCGUCUCCGACGCCGCGUCGACGUACGCGUUAGAGGCGAUCGCCGUCGCCGUGGCCAGCUCGCUGUCGGUGUGCCUGCUGGACACCGGACAUGGGACUCCGUUCAUCUCGUCGCUGGAGCUGAGGCCGAUCGGCAUCGACAUGUACCCCGGCGCUGUGGCGAACCGAUCUCUUGGGCUGUUCGGGCGCUGGAACAUGGGCGCAAACAACUUCCUCAGGUACCCAAACGAUGUGUUUGACCGCUUCUGGUGGACACCAGUGUACAGCACGGAGUGGCUCAACAUCUCUACAAACGGCACUUUCAUGGGUUACUACUCCGAUGACCACAUCCGGGUUCCGAGAGACGUCCUCCGGACCGCGAUCACGACGUCUGCCACUUCUGUACAUCUGAACAUCACUGUUCAUGCAGCUUCUGUCGGUCAGUUGCCGCCUCCAACCGAGCGGGCGUACUUCCACUUCCUGCACUUCGCCAGCUUCGAGCAGCAGCAGCGUCAGUUCGAAAUAUACUCCGGCAAGGUCAAGUGGAAAAAACAGAACAACAUAUCGGUCUACGAGUUGUACAGCAUGCAGCCAAGUUACAGCUCAAGCGGUCUUUACAUGUUGUCCAACGUCUCGCUCGUCGCCACCAACGACUCCGUGCUGCCACCAUUGCUCAACGCCAUCGAGAUCUACUACAGUAUCCCACAUGAUGAUACCAUCACCUCUCCAGACGAUGUUGAUGCCAUAAUGGCCAUUAAAACUCAAUAUCAAGUGAAGAAGAACUGGAUGGGUGACCCAUGUCUACCCAAGGAAUCUAUAUGGACUGGAUUGCAAUGUAGGCAAGACGGGGUUGAAUCCAAAAUAAUAUCCUUAGACCUGUCUUACAGUAAUUUACAUGGUGCAAUAUCUGCUGAUUUUUCUUUGUUACAGUCACUCCGAUACUUGAAUUUGUCAUACAACAAUUUGAAUGGAUCAGUACCUCAUUCUUUAACAAGCUUAUCAUCCCUUAUUCUUCUAGACUUAUCAGGAAAUCAUUUUGAUGGUACAAUCCCUCAAGCAUUAUGCACAAAAGAGUCAUUGAACUUGAGAUAUGACACCAACGAUGGUGAUCUAUGCAAUGGGAAAUCACCAAAGAAGAAAAAUAUUUCUGUCCUAACAGUAGCUAUAGUGACUCCCAUAGCGGCAGUGUUAUUGGUAUCUGCCAUACUGAUCUUUUGUUUCUGCCACAAGAAAAGAAAGCAACAAAUGACUCUAGGUUUGGUCCACCAAUAUAGUGUGCAGCCUACUGGAAUAUCAAAUUCAGUAAGCCAUGUUGACAUAAAAGGUCACGUACUGAUGUCCGAUGACCAUGAAUUCACAUAUGAGGAGCUGGUGAAGAUAACAAACAAUUUCUCGGAGUGCAUUGGUGAAGGAGGUUUUGGGCCUGUCUACCUUGGUCAGCUACAACGCAGUAUUCAGGUUGCUGUCAAGAUGUGUUCACGAAAAUCGGUACAUGGGCAAGGAAUAAAAGAAUUUUUAGCAGAGGUUGACAGCUUGAAAACAGUACACUACAAAUAUCUAGUAAUGUUGAUUGGAUACUGCACAAACAAGAAUCAUUUAGCCCUCAUUUACGAGUACAUGCCGAAUGGAAGUCUGUUUGAUCAUAUAAGAGGUAAAAAGGCUAAUGUUCAAACAAUGAGUUGGCUACAGCGCGCAAGAAUUGUGCAUGAAGCUGCACAAGGUCUGAACUACCUGCAUUCAGGGUGUGUACUGCCUAUAAUACACAGAGAUGUGAAGUCACACAACAUUCUACUGGGUGAAGAUAUGCAUGCCAAGAUCUCUGAUUUUGGCUUGUCCAAGUCUUACAUUAAUGAAGCACAAACUCAUAUAUCAGUCACUGCUGCUGGCACCAUAGGCUACAUUGAUCCAGAGUACUACUUCAGCAGCAGGCUCACCAUGAGAAGUGACGUGUUCAGCUUUGGAGUGGUUUUGCUAGAGACUGUAACAGGUGAACCACCCAUUGUGCCAGGCGUUGGGCAUGUCGUGCAGCGUGUGAAACAGAAGGUUAGCGAUGGCGACAUCAGUGCGAUUGUUGACCCACGUCUUGAAGAUGCAUAUGACAUAGGUUCGGUCUGGAAGGUCGUGGACAUAGCACUGCUGUGCACAAGGGAGGUGUCUGAUGAUAGACCAACAAUGACAGAAGUGGUGGAGCAGCUGAAACAUGCCUUGGCAUUGGAAGAAGCUCGCCAUAUCGAUGGCCACAGAGAUAAUGGUCAAGGCAGCAUUAAGCCAGAUUUAUCAGCCAACUGGGGACCAUUGGCUAGAUGAUUAAAGACUGGCCAACUUAUUUUGAAGUCAUGUUCUCCAACUAUUCUGUUGGGUUGCAUCUAUGAUAUACUGCUUGCUUUUCGUUGCAUGUAUCAUACUACAUAUGCUGUGUUCUGUGUCUUAUGAUUGUGAAGGUUUCGGACAAAUGAGAAUUCAUCUUAGUUGGGUUAUGCGCAAGUGUAAUAGAGGAACAUUUCGAACUAAAUGAAUAAGCAUGUUCCUUGAAAAUUCUAAA